AUGAUUGUCCAAAAAACAUGGCCGCAAUACAUCGCGGUGCGUCUGCUAAUCAUCAUGAUGAGGGACUUGGGACUUCUGGGCCUGACAUACUUCUACGUCGUAUUUGCUUUGGGCGGCGUCAAGGCUAUUGCCCAUCCAGUUUCCAUCUUCAUCGAAGUCAUUGCCGCCAUCGAAAUUCUCUUUUACUUGCUCUUCUUCCUACCAUACAAACGGUACCUGCAAACUUACAAGCCGUAUACUCCUGCUCGAAUGAGUCGAUCACAGCGCGCCCGACUGUUCUCCAAGGCCUUGAGUCUCGUCCCAGAUGGCGAGGAAUUCGUUCGCAUGUGGAUGCUCAAUGCACAUAUGGAGGAUAUACGCCGCGAAAACCUCAAAGAUUGGUUACUAUGGGCCUUGUUUGAACAGGACAACACAGCCGGUCGCCCUUCCAAGGAAGUUGAAGCCGAACUCGAAGGGUACAUUGACGAUACCGAAGAAAAGUUUGGGAUCAAAUUACGCCCGGGAAGAGGAAAUGCUGAAGCCCUGAAACUCGCCUUCGACCCUGUAAUCAUCCAACAUCGAAGUUUGCUCUAUUAUAUGCACAAUCUACUUUUGACACCCUUGGACUCGUCGAAGUACCUUCACUGA